AUGAUCAUCCCCUCCACGACCGGCGACGUGCUUGCGCCCUCGGCCAGUGCCGCCUCCGGCGCCGAUGCCCACCCCGGCUCCAGCACCAUCAACACCGCCAUCACCUCUACCUCCACCACCAACAAUGGCAACAUGAACGCCCUCACCAUGUUCCUCUUCUGGUUCUUCCUGUGCAGCACCGGCGUCCUCGUUGUCGGCUCCGUUGUCGUCCUGCGCCGUCUGCGGCUGCGCGAACAGGCCCGCCGUGCCCAAGAAGCCAAGACGGCCGCGGCCACGUCCACCUCAACUGCGGCGCACGUCAAGGAGAUGGACGAGGAGAGCAGUGUGGGCGGCUCGGCUUUCACGCCGGCGCCAGUCCUGACAGCCCAAGUUGACUGGCACCACCCGUGUGGCGUCGGCCUGAACAGUCUCUUUGGAACCCUCCGAGACUCGCAUUAG